UCAAUGACAGCAGCAGCCAGGAGCCGGUCGGUGCGGUGGGAAGAGGAGAAGAAGAAGAAGAAGAGGAGGAUUUCCCUGCAAGAAGUCUGCGAUGCAGUGAAGGGAUAGAAGAUGAAAAUACUCAAGAAGGACAAGCAGCAGAUGUUCACUGGCCUCCUGAAGCACACGGCACCUCCGGCCUCCGCUGCAGCAGCCUCCUCCUCAGCCUCGGACCAAAACAGCAACGCACAAACCACAGUUCCCACAAUCCCGCGGGGUCACCUGGUCGUGGGCCCCAAGGACCAGCUGCGCCUCCUCACCCCGGUGGGCAGCACGGCGUCGUCCAAUCACUGCGCGGUGGCCGGGGUCCACGCCGCCAAGCACUCCGGCGGCGGCGCCACGAGACCGCCGUCCUCCCUGAGCGAGGAGGACGACGGGGGAGGCGGCGGCCGGGUGAAGAAGAAACGGAAGAAAAAGGACAAGAAGGAAUGGGAGAAGGCGGCACUGGCGGAGGCGGAGGAGAAGGAGAGCAGCAAACCAAAGAAACGUAGGGAGGAGAAGGAGGCGGCGACGACGACGGUCUCGCUGAGGAAGAGCAAGGAGCCCAAGGAGGGGAAGGAGAGGAAGGAGCGGCGGGCCAAGGGCAAGGAGAGCAGGAAGGACGGCGGGGCGGAGCUGAAGAACGCCAGGAAGACGACGGGCGCCGCCUCCGGAGCAGCUCAGGUGCCCGUGAAGGUUCCCGGCAAACGAGGGAGGAAACCGAAGGUCAAAGUCCUACCUCCUGUGCCCCCGAAUCAAGCAGCGCCUCCCACCCAAGGACACCACAGCAAGGUCCAGCUCCAGGGCGGCCACGGCCAUGGCAAGAACCACGGCCCGGCGAACAGCAAGGCGCCGGCCCCGUCGGCGCCGAAACAGAGGGGCCGCAAACCCAGAGAUCCUGGCGCGGCGCCGGUGGAGAAGAAGAAGAAGGGGAAGAGGAGAAACCAGGAGCCGGCUGUCCAGGAGGGGGCGGAGAGUGACGACACUACCUCAAUGUCAGCCCUCAACAUGGGAGAGGACAGCCAGGACCCGCUGGACAACGCCAAGCGGCGUUCGGGACGACAGGUCAAGAGGAGGAAGUACAACGAGGAUCUGGACUUCAAGGUGGUGGACGACGACGGGGAGACCAUCGCGGUGCUCGGAGCCGGUCGCAUCUCGGCGCUGAACGCCACCGCUCUGGCGUGGCAGGCCGAGGAGCCGCCGGAGGACGAGGCCAACAUCAUCGAGAAGAUUCUGUCCGUCAGGACGGCGAAGAAAGAGACCUCACCGUCAGAGGACCAAGCGGAGGACACGGAGGAGUUCUACGUCAAGUACAGAAAUUUUUCCUACCUACACUGCAAAUGGGCCACGCUGGAGGAGCUCGAGAAGGAUCCCAGAAUCCACCAGAAGAUCAAACGCUUCAGGACCAAACAGGCGCAGAUGAAACACCUGUUCACUGAGCCGGACGAGGACCUGUUCAACCCCGACUAUGUCGAGGUGGACAGAGUGCUGGAGGUGGCGGUUACCACAGAUACUGAGACCGGGGAGGAGGUGACCCACUACCUGGUGAAGUGGUGCAGUCUGUCGUAUGAAGAGGCCACGUGGGAGCUGCAGGAGGACCUGGACCCGGAGAAGAUCAAGGAGUUUGAGGAGAUCCAGAAGCUGCCGGCAGACCUCAGACACAUGGAACGUCCUCCUCCAGAUAAAUGGCAGAAGCUGGAGCGGUCCAGAGAUUACCGCAACGGAAACCAGCUCAGAGAAUACCAGCUGGAGGGGAUGAACUGGCUGCUGUUCAACUGGUACAACAGGAAAAACUGUAUACUGGCAGACGAGAUGGGCUUGGGUAAGACCAUCCAGUCCAUCACCUUCCUGUACGAGAUCUUCAGCAUGGGCAUCCGCGGACCCUUCCUCAUCAUCGCCCCGCUCUCCACCAUCACCAACUGGGAGAGGGAGUUUCGGACGUGGACGCGCAUGAACGUCAUCGUGUAUCACGGCUCGCAGAUCAGCCGCCAGAUGAUCCUGCAGUACGAGAUGUUUCACAGAGACCCGCAGGGCAACACCAUCCCAGGUGUGCUCAAGUUCCACGGCGUCAUCACCACGUUUGAGAUGAUCAUGGCCGACUGUCCGGAGCUGAAGAAGCUGCACUGGCGCUGCGUGGUGAUCGACGAAGCCCACCGACUGAAGAACAGGAACUGCAAGCUGCUGGAGGGGCUCAAGCUCAUGAACCUGGAACACAAGGUUCUGCUGACGGGAACCCCCCUGCAGAACUCGGUGGAGGAGCUGUUCAGUCUGCUGAACUUUCUGGAGCCGCUGCAGUUUCCUUCAGAAAGCGCCUUCCUGGAGGAGUUUGGAGACCUGAAGACGGACGAACAGGUGAAGAAGCUUCAGGCCAUUUUGAAGCCCAUGAUGCUCAGAAGACUGAAAGACGACGUGGAAAAAAACCUGGCGCCGAAAGAAGAGACCAUCAUAGAGGUGGAGCUGACCAACAUUCAGAAGAAGUACUACCGGGCCAUCCUAGAGAAGAACUUCUCCUUUCUGUCCAAAGGAGCCAACCAGCACAACAUGCCCAACCUCAUCAACACCAUGAUGGAGCUCCGCAAGUGCUGCAACCACCCCUACCUGAUCACAGGAGCCGAGGAGAAGAUCCUGGAAAGCUUCAGGAAGUGCCACAGCCCGGACGCGCCAGACUUCCAGCUGCAGGCGAUGAUCCAGGCGGCCGGCAAACUGGUGCUGAUCGACAAGCUGCUGCCCAAACUGCUGGCCGGCGGACACAAAGUCCUGGUCUUCUCCCAGAUGGUGCGCUGUCUGGAUAUCCUGGAGGACUACCUCAUACAGAGACGCUACACGUACGAACGCAUCGACGGUCGCGUGCGGGGGAACCUGCGGCAGGCGGCCAUCGACCGCUUCUGCAAGCCGGACUCGGACCGCUUCGUGUUCCUGCUGUGCACCAGAGCCGGAGGUCUGGGCAUCAACCUGACGGCCGCCGACACCUGCAUCAUCUUCGACUCCGACUGGAACCCCCAGAACGACCUGCAGGCUCAGGCUCGCUGCCACCGCAUCGGUCAGAGCAAAGCGGUGAAAGUCUACCGGCUCAUCACCAGGAACUCCUACGAGAGGGAGAUGUUCGACAAGGCCAGUCUGAAGCUCGGGCUGGACAAGGCCGUCCUCCAAGACAUCAACCGCAAAGGAAGCCUCAACGGGGUGCAGCAGCUGUCGAAGCUCGAAGUGGAGGAUCUGCUGAAGAAAGGAGCGUACGGCGCGCUGAUGGACGAAGAGGACGAGGGCUCCAAGUUCUGCGAGGAGGACAUCGAUCAGAUUCUCCAGAGACGGACUCAGACCAUCACCAUCCAGUCGGAGGGGAAAGGCUCCACGUUCGCUAAGGCCAGCUUCAUCUCCUCCGGGAACAGAACUGACAUUUCUCUGGACGACCCCAACUUCUGGCAGAAAUGGGCCAAAAUCGCCGAGGUGGAGAUCGACUCCAAGUCGGAGAAGGAGUCGCUGGUGAUCGACACGCCCCGGGUCAGGAAACAGACCCGUCACUACAACUCCUUCGAGGACGACGAGCUCAUGGAGUUCUCGGAGCUGGACAGCGACUCCGAGGAGCGGCCCUGUCGGACUCGUCGGCUGGGCGACCGGAGCCGGCGGUACCUUCGUGCCGAGUGCUUCCGGGUGGAGAAGAACCUGCUGAUCUUCGGCUGGGGUCGAUGGAAGGACAUCCUGAACCACGGUCGCUUCAAGUGGCACCUGGCGGAACGAGACAUGGAGGUGAUCUGCAGGGCUCUGCUGGUUUACUGCCUGAGACACUACAAAGGCGACGACAAGAUCAAGAGCUUCAUCUGGGAUCUGAUCGCGCCAACCAAAGAGGGCCAGGACCAGGCGUUGCUCAACCACUCCGGUUUGUCGGCUCCGGUUCCUCGCGGCAGGAAGGGCAAGAAGCUGAAGAACCAGCUGAACGUUCCGGAGGUGAAGAACGCCGACUGGCUGGUGCACUGCAACCCCGAGGUGGUGCUGCAGGACGAGAGCUACAAGAAGCACCUGAAGCAGCACUGCAACAAGGUGCUGCUGAGGGUGCGGAUGCUGUACUACCUGAAGGUGGAGGUUCUGGGCGAAGCUGCCGUUCAGGCUCUGGAGGGGAUACCUGCCAGUAAACUGGAGGUGUCGCUGCCCGACAUCGACUACAUCGAGAUCCCGGUGACGUGGUGGGACGCCGACGCCGACAAGUCUCUGCUCAUCGGAGUCCACAAACACGGAUACGAGCGCUACAACGCCAUGCGAGCCGAUCCAGACCUGUGUUUCCUGGAAAGAGUCGGGAUGCCGGACGUCACGGCGCUGACGGCCGAGCAGGGAGGAGGGGAGAUAGCGCCGGACAUGGCAGACAGCGUGUGCAAAACCGAGGAGGCGAAGGAUGACGCCGAAGGCAAAGCCGACGGAGGGGAGGACAGAGACGAGAGCAGCAAGGGAGAAGAAACCUGCUCCAGCACCGAUACCUCUGACAAGCCGGACAGCACCGGUCCAGACUCCCAGCUGUCAGGCGACCUGUGCGCCCAGGAUGGAACCCUGGUCACCACGACGACGAUAGGAACCGGGACGGGCGUGGCGGCUCUCCACGUGGUCCAGGCCCGUCCCCUCUGGCCCACCGGUCCGGCGCUUACGGCCCGCUUGCGGCGCCUGAUCACCGCCUACCAGCGCUUCACGCUGCGCCGGGAGCCGCUGCUCAGGCACGAGUUCCUGCUCCACGACGGCCUCGUCGGGAUGGGCAUCGGAGGGGCCGGGGCCGCCCACGGCCACCACGCCGGCGGACCGCUGGCCUGGCAGCUGGGCGAAGAGCUGAGGAGGUGUUCUGUGGUCGCCACCGAACCGGACCCGCUGUUUCUGGAGUGGCAGAGAAGGUGGACUCGUCGAGAACAGGCCGACUUUUACCGCACGGUGUCGUCGUUCGGGGUGGUGUACGACCCCGAGAGGAAGACGUUCGACUGGUCCCAGUUCAGAGCGCUGGCCCGGCUGGAGAGGAAGACGGACGAGAGCUUGGAGAGAUACUUCAACUCCUUCGUCAACAUGUGCAGGACGGCCUGUAAGCUUCCUCCGAGGAAGGAAGAAGGCCUGGUGGAUCCCGCUGUGCUGGUGGAGCCUCUGACAGAAGAGCGAGCCGCCAGGACGCUGUAUCGCAUCGAGCUGCUGCGCAAGAUCAGAGAGCAGGUCCUCCGUCACCCGUUGCUGUCGGCCCGCCUCCAGCUGUGCCGUCCUUCCCUCUACCUCCCCGUCUGGUGGGAGUCCGGCAAGCACGACCGCGACCUCCUGAUCGGGGCCGCGCGCCACGGCUUGAGCCGCACCGACUUCUACAUCCUGAACGACCCCCAGCUGAGCUUCCUGGAGGCUCACAGGAACUACGUCAGAGGACACCCCGCCCACCUUCACCCCCACCACCCGCACCACCCGGGCCUGGCCACUCACGCCGGCAUCUCGUCCUCGUCCUCCUCGUCGGCGCACCCGCAGCUUCCUCACCCCCACUGCUGUCUGUACGACGCCGGACUCGGCCACCACUCCCCCCAGCCUCCCGAGUAUCCCCACCAGUCCUCCCACCACCACCACCAUCACCACCACCAGCAGCACCCAGUGCCUCCGUCUGCUCCCUCUCCUUCCUCCUCGUCCUCCUCCGCUCACCCUCACCUUCACCCUCCGCCGCUGGACGCUCACGAUUCGGCCUCUCCGAGUCUGGGAAUAGUUGCCGGAUCGCGGGGGGACUUCCUGGACUGUCCUCCUCUGGAUGAAACCCUGGAGCUGGGAGCGCUGCAGCACGACGCCAUGUCCGCGGACGCUUUGCACGGAGGAAAGGCGUCCAAAGAUGCCCUCAACGGUUUCCCCUUUAACUCGGCGGCGGGAGGUCAGAGCAUGCUGAACUCGUACGGCGUCGGUGGAACAGACCUGGACUCUAAACUGAGGAGCGACGUUCUCGUCGGAGAGCAGGGCUCAUCGGAGGAAACCGGGCUGAUGGCGCCGUCGGUGGAGCUGGAUCAGCUACAGGCCCCCUGGGACAGCACCGACCACACCAGCCCCGCUCACCACAUGUUCAACGAGUCCGACCCCAUCCUGGGUCCGUCCACGCUGGAGACGGGCUUCCUGGAGGAGGAGGACGAGGAGGCGCAGGGGGGAGACAGGGGAGGGGAGGAAGGUGGGACUCUGGAGGAGUGUCUGGGCCUCCCGCCCUCGACCUCCCCCUCCCAUCCCUCGGCCGGAGAUGCCGUCGAGCCGCUGUCCUCCAGUUACAUCCUCUUUAAGGACAUCGGUGUGAACGAGGAGCCCAGUGCAGACCAGACGGACCUGUCGGCCAGCCCUCCUCUGCCCUACGUACCUCCGCCACCCCUCUCGCUGUCCGACAUCACCGCCCAGGAGCCGCAGGAUGGCCUGGGCCACUCCGACGUCUCCGAGAGCCUGACGAACCCGGUGGAGGAAGGAGACGACCGGGAGGGAAGCGCCGGCUUCGAGUUUGACGACAAGGAGGAAGAGGAAGUGGAGGACUUGUCGGCGGAGGCCAUGGAGCAGCAGAACGUGGAUGAAAAAAGGGAGCCGAGUCUGGAGAGAGAGGAAUGUAAUUCAGACCAAGGUGCAGACCAAAGUUUGGGAGUCUUGAAUCCACCCAUGGAAGUUCCAGAGAUGGACGGGAUAGAGCCAGAGCCGGACCUGGGAGAAGAGGGCUCGAGGAAAGAGGAGAGCUUUGACCAAACGGAGCACAAAGAGGAUUUAACCCAAGACCCUUUUCUGGGAAAGCUGGUACAGGAGGGAAGCCUGGUGUGUCCCGAGUCUAUCGAAGAGUCCGUGGAGGAGGUGGACGGGUUGAUUCUAUACCAGGCGGAGAAGGAGGCGACGAUGGAAAACUCGCUGGAAACGGAGGAUUUGAUGGUCGGCGCCACUGGGGAGUUUGUGCAAAUGAAAGGAAUGCCAAAAAACAGCAUGGACCUCGCCGACCAGGUGGACGAGAUCUCAGACGGGCAGGUGGACGACGUCGCUCUGAUCGAUGACACCGCGGUGCAACCCCGUGACGAAACGCCAGAGAAGGCCGCCAAGCAACCGGACGCCAAAACCAACGAGAUGGAGCUGGAGAACAUUUACUCGGAAUACGCUCAGCCCUCCUGCCCUUCUGUUUCCGUCUCGUCCCCGACGCUGCCAUCAAAGUCUGCUCAAACCGCCGGAGAGAGCAAAGAUGAAGCCAAAACCGAGGCCUCAGCGGAUCAGGAUGGUUCAGUCGAGGAGAUGAACUCGGCAGAUGGCGACGGAAGCUGCAAGAACAGAGGCCUGACAUUCUCCCUUCAUCAAGACAGCAAAGACAAUCUGCUCGAUCAGAGUGAAAUCAAAAUGGCCUCGGCUUUGCCCGUAAACAGCGUUGACUCAAAGCCGUCUGAUGUUAAAUUCUCUCUUGUAGCAGACAGCGGCGUUGACAAAAAACCAGAGCAGCUGCUGCUGGCCGCCAAAGUCGAGGAGACCAAGACGGAGACCGCCGAGGACGUCUGCCCAGACAGCUCUGAGGUCAAACAUGCUAAUUUUUUUUCCUACGCCGUAAAGUCGGAAGAUCUGGUGACCAAAGCCGAGCAGUUAGAGUAUCCUGUUAAAGCUGAAACAAUGGAGACCAAACCUGAAGAUCUCAGCCUUCCCAUGAAGCCCGAGAACUUGGACACCAAACCCGAAGUUCUCCAGUUUGUAGCCUACUCAGAUGGUGAAGUCAAACCCGAAGUCAAACCGCUAGCUCUGGGGUUUGUUGCGUAUCCAGACAAGCUUAAGACGGAGACGAAGCCUGAAGGUUUGAAUUUAUCUGCGUUUCCCGACACUUCUGCCGUCAAGCCCGAAGCCAAGACGGAGGGCGGUGGGUUCCCAGCCUACCCGGACAGCUCCGAGAUCAAACCCGAGGCCAAGCCGGAGGGGCUGGAGUUCGCGGCUUUGUCCGAAGUCAAAGCUGAGACCAAACAGGAGAUGCUAGAGGCCGACAGCACGGUCCUGACGCCGAAGCUCGAGCAGGCUGACGGGCUCGUAGAAACCUCGGAGAACCCGGUGGUGAAAAGCCAAGUGAAGGAGGAGAGACCAAGUACACCAGUGCCUGUGGUGGAAGGCUACCCGGGCAGCCCCAGGUUCGCAACCCCCAUCUCCAUGUGCGAGAUCCCCGACAGCCUCCACGAGCCCCGGGAGCCCACCAUCGCUCAGCUGCUGCAGGAAAAAGCACUUUACUCGUUCUCCGAGUGGCCUAAGGACCGAGUGAUCAUCAACCGCCUCGACAGCAUCUGCCACGCCAUCCUGAAGGGGAAGUGGCCGUCGUCUAGCGAGCAGUACGACUCUCCCGGCUCGCUGGCCGCCAACUCGUGUCUGGCCAACAGCUUGGCCCAGCACCACCAGCAGCAGCAGCAGCAACAGCAACAGCAGCAGCAACAACAGCAACAGCAGCAGCAGCAGCGAGCGGCCUUCCUCACCUCCACCACGGCCUCCAGCUCCGUCGCCGGACAGGCCAGAGUCCAGCAGGCGAGUCCAGGGCUGGGCUUCUCCAUACCGCCGCCUCUCACAAGACUGCCCAAGGUGAGAACCUCGACUCUGACCUGGCGAAUCGAUGAGUUAACUCCCUCUGUUACACAUAUCAGUGAGAGGCUGGUGGCUCCCCCCUUCCUCCCUGAGCUCAAACGAGCGGGAGGUCGGAGGUCUUUCGACUAUGAAGCUGCCGCCGUGGCAGCCGCCAAGGUUUUAGCUGGGAAAUCUGCAUCGUCGUGCCACACUGCUGCUGCUGCCGCCGCAGCCGCCGCCACCAGCUCCGGCGGCGACAAGGUGCCGGUGGUGGCUCCGCCCUCUCACCGCACGGGGGCCUUGUUGAUAAACGGCUGGCAAGAAGCAGCCAUCGAUCUGACCAAGUCUUCGGGAGAAAUAAGCACCACGAGCGCCAUUGGGACGAAUGAAGCCGUGGUCGCGGCGGCGGGAAUCGGCCACCACGGUGCCGGCGCGGGCGGCAGCCACAAGCUGCCGCCACCGCCCCCCAUCACGGCGCCGCUGCCGGGCUCCGUGGGCAUCGACAUGGCUGGGAUACUGCAGGCCGGCCUCAUCCACCCUGUCACAGGACAGAUAGUUAACGGGAGCCUGAGGGGAGAUGAUUCAUUGAGGAGGAGGAGAGGGAGGAGGAGAAAUGUGGAAGCUCUGUACUCUGAGUUCACCAAGAGCCGAGGACUGCACCUCCCUGAGACACAGGGCCGGGUGGAGGUGAUCAGCCACUCCUCCGUCUCCUCGUCCACCUCCUCGCCGUCCCCCUCGCCCUCGGAGCGGCCGGCGGGGCCUCCAACUCCCUCCUCUUCCUCCACUCCCACGCCCACCCAGACGCCGCCUCAGCCGGAGAUCGUGGCCAUCGACAGGGAGGCGGCCAGCAAAGGUCUGAUCGAGUGGCUCAGACAGAACCCGGGCUACAGCAUGGAUCUGCCGGCGUUCGCUCAUUCCGGAGCAGGUCUGCUGCACGGCUUCGUGGAUCGUCCCAAACAGAGGAGGCACCGCUGCAAAGAUCCCACCAAGCUGGACAUCAACUCCCUGACGGGGGAGGAGAGAGUCCCUGUGGUGCACCGAGGCACAGGACGCAGGCUCGGUGGCGCUAUGGCUCCUGCUAUCAAGGAGCUGUCCAGGUGGCUGGAUGCAAACUCGGAGUACUACGUGGCUCCAGACUGGGCUGACGUGGUCAAACACUCUGGUUUCCUCCCUGAGGGGAAGUUCUCUCGGAUCCUGACUGAACCUGUCAACAGAGAUCCAGGCUCUCGGCGCCGCGGACGUCGUCCUCGCAGCGAGAUGCCGAAGCCCCUCCUGUCCGUGUCCGACUCGUCGUCGUCCGGCCUCGGCCCGCCGCUCUUCAUGAACGGCGGUUUGAUCGGCAGCAUGGACUCCAUGGUGGCCAUGCAGAACCUCCGCGGCGGCAUUCCCGGGAUUCCCAUCUCCGGCAUCAUGGCAGCCGGAUUCCCUCACGGUUUCUCGGCGGCCGUCACGGCGGGGGCGGCCGGAGCGUCGGCGGAAGACGCCAAGAACGGGCUGAGUAUGUUACCCAUGAUGCUCCACGGUAUCCCGCACCCCCACGGCGCCGCCAUCCCUCAGCACGCCUUGUUCAGCGUCGGCACCAUGAUGGCGCACACGGCGCCGCCGCCUCCUCCUCAACCCACGUCCUCUUCCUCCUCCACCUCUGCUUCCUCUUCACUGUCAGCCGCCAAGGUCACCACGACGACCGCGCCAUCCACAUCCGAGGCGGCCAGCCCGUCAUCGACGACGCCCGCCGAGAGGGAGGGCGCCGCCGACAAGGAGAGGAGCCGCGAGGAGAAGGGAGUGGCGGAGGGCGGCAAGCGAGUGGUGGCAGCGGAGGCAGCGGCCAUCAUCACCUCCACCAGCAGGGCCCACCUGGGCGCCGCCCACCUGGGGGCCGGCACCGGCAGCCAUCUUACCUUCAACCCCUUCCUGAUCCCCGGCAUGUCCCACGGCCUGCUGUACCCGCACAUGUUCCUGCCCCACGGCGGCAUCAUGGCGCUGCCCGCCAUGCCGCCCGGCUCCGUGGACGGCUCGCCGGGCAGCCCGAAGAGGAGGCGGAAGAGAGGGAGGGAGGAGGGGGAGAGAGAGGAGGAGAGGGGGGAGAAGGCGGCGGCGGCGGCGACGACAUCAUCGGGAGACGCGGAGGAAAGUACAGUUAAGGCCUCGUCGCCUCCCUCCGUCGCCUCUACCUCAGAGCCGCCUCCCACCGAGGAGCUCCAAGGAGACGACGGACCCUCGGAGCAGCAGGAACCGGACUCCAAUAACCACAGCGAGGGAGCGGCGGCGGCGGCGGCGACAGCAGAAAACGAGGAGCCGACAGAGGAGGAGGAGGAGAAGCAGGACGCUGAGGAGCAGAGACAGACGGAGGAGGAGAGGCUGGUGGCUCCCCCCUUCCUCCCUGAGCUCAAACGAGCGGGAGGUCGGAGGUCUUUCGACUAUGAAGCUGCCGCCGUGGCAGCCGCCAAGGUUUUAGCUGGGAAAUCUGCAUCGUCGUGCCACACUGCUGCUGCUGCCGCCGCAGCCGCCGCCACCAGCUCCGGCGGCGACAAGGUGCCGGUGGUGGCUCCGCCCUCUCACCGCACGGGGGCCUUGUUGAUAAACGGCUGGCAAGAAGCAGCCAUCGAUCUGACCAAGUCUUCGGGAGAAAUAAGCACCACGAGCGCCAUUGGGACGAAUGAAGCCGUGGUCGCGGCGGCGGGAAUCGGCCACCACGGUGCCGGCGCGGGCGGCAGCCACAAGCUGCCGCCACCGCCCCCCAUCACGGCGCCGCUGCCGGGCUCCGUGGGCAUCGACAUGGCUGGGAUACUGCAGGCCGGCCUCAUCCACCCUGUCACAGGACAGAUAGUUAACGGGAGCCUGAGGGGAGAUGAUUCAUUGAGGAGGAGGAGAGGGAGGAGGAGAAAUGUGGAAGCUCUGUACUCUGAGUUCACCAAGAGCCGAGGACUGCACCUCCCUGAGACACAGGGCCGGGUGGAGGUGAUCAGCCACUCCUCCGUCUCCUCGUCCACCUCCUCGCCGUCCCCCUCGCCCUCGGAGCGGCCGGCGGGGCCUCCAACUCCCUCCUCUUCCUCCACUCCCACGCCCACCCAGACGCCGCCUCAGCCGGAGAUCGUGGCCAUCGACAGGGAGGCGGCCAGCAAAGGUCUGAUCGAGUGGCUCAGACAGAACCCGGGCUACAGCAUGGAUCUGCCGGCGUUCGCUCAUUCCGGAGCAGGUCUGCUGCACGGCUUCGUGGAUCGUCCCAAACAGAGGAGGCACCGCUGCAAAGAUCCCACCAAGCUGGACAUCAACUCCCUGACGGGGGAGGAGAGAGUCCCUGUGGUGCACCGAGGCACAGGACGCAGGCUCGGUGGCGCUAUGGCUCCUGCUAUCAAGGAGCUGUCCAGGUGGCUGGAUGCAAACUCGGAGUACUACGUGGCUCCAGACUGGGCUGACGUGGUCAAACACUCUGGUUUCCUCCCUGAGGGGAAGUUCUCUCGGAUCCUGACUGAACCUGUCAACAGAGAUCCAGGCUCUCGGCGCCGCGGACGUCGUCCUCGCAGCGAGAUGCCGAAGCCCCUCCUGUCCGUGUCCGACUCGUCGUCGUCCGGCCUCGGCCCGCCGCUCUUCAUGAACGGCGGUUUGAUCGGCAGCAUGGACUCCAUGGUGGCCAUGCAGAACCUCCGCGGCGGCAUUCCCGGGAUUCCCAUCUCCGGCAUCAUGGCAGCCGGAUUCCCUCACGGUUUCUCGGCGGCCGUCACGGCGGGGGCGGCCGGAGCGUCGGCGGAAGACGCCAAGAACGGGCUGAGUAUGUUACCCAUGAUGCUCCACGGUAUCCCGCACCCCCACGGCGCCGCCAUCCCUCAGCACGCCUUGUUCAGCGUCGGCACCAUGAUGGCGCACACGGCGCCGCCGCCUCCUCCUCAACCCACGUCCUCUUCCUCCUCCACCUCUGCUUCCUCUUCACUGUCAGCCGCCAAGGUCACCACGACGACCGCGCCAUCCACAUCCGAGGCGGCCAGCCCGUCAUCGACGACGCCCGCCGAGAGGGAGGGCGCCGCCGACAAGGAGAGGAGCCGCGAGGAGAAGGGAGUGGCGGAGGGCGGCAAGCGAGUGGUGGCAGCGGAGGCAGCGGCCAUCAUCACCUCCACCAGCAGGGCCCACCUGGGCGCCGCCCACCUGGGGGCCGGCACCGGCAGCCAUCUUACCUUCAACCCCUUCCUGAUCCCCGGCAUGUCCCACGGCCUGCUGUACCCGCACAUGUUCCUGCCCCACGGCGGCAUCAUGGCGCUGCCCGCCAUGCCGCCCGGCUCCGUGGACGGCUCGCCGGGCAGCCCGAAGAGGAGGCGGAAGAGAGGGAGGGAGGAGGGGGAGAGAGAGGAGGAGAGGGGGGAGAAGGCGGCGGCGGCGGCGACGACAUCAUCGGGAGACGCGGAGGAAAGUACAGUUAAGGCCUCGUCGCCUCCCUCCGUCGCCUCUACCUCAGAGCCGCCUCCCACCGAGGAGCUCCAAGGAGACGACGGACCCUCGGAGCAGCAGGAACCGGACUCCAAUAACCACAGCGAGGGAGCGGCGGCGGCGGCGGCGACAGCAGAAAACGAGGAGCCGACAGAGGAGGAGGAGGAGAAGCAGGACGCUGAGGAGCAGAGACAGACGGAGGAGGCAUAGAGGAACGAACCACUCGCUGCCUCCGGUGUUGCUUCCUUUUGGAGCAACAGUGUAAAGUUUGUGCCGUGUCUGUCAGUCAAUGUCCAUGUAAAGACUUUUAUUAUGAUGAUGACUAAUGAUAACGAUGAUUAUAUUCAACUUGGUCAUGUUUAUAUACCAGGACCCCACCAACCCACCCACCCACCUUCUCCUCCUCCUUCCCCUCAUUGUAUACAACAACAACAACAACAGCAGCAACAAAAAAAAAAGAGAAAACUAGUGUAAGAAAUGAUCUCUGUGUUCUUUCCCCUUCAUUCUGCAUCAUGACUGAGUUGGACGGGACGUUUCUCAACACGCUCCACAGACGACAAAACCGAGGAGCGACGUUUCAAAUGAUCCAAGAUGGUCUUUCUUUUUAUUUUGUUGUUGUUUAUUUGUUUGGUUUUUUUCCAAGUUUCUGGACAUGCAGCUUUGGUUUCCAAGGAUUACCGGGAAGUUGCAGCGAACCUGUCGGAGGCGGUGGAGGCUAAAUUUGUCGAGCAACAGCACUUGUUCUGACGCUAAAUUGAGAGAUUUCUUUUAUUAUUAUUUUUGGAUUAUAUCUGUGCAAUGUUCAAACACCUGCUAGCUACGUACCAGCGUGACACUAAAACGCCUUUUUUUUUUAAUUUUAUUUUUUCCUGACAGAAAACACUGGUGAGCAUGAACUAAAUAUGCAAGCGCCACUGUCUGACAGCAGGCCGGAGACAUUUCAGUGUAGCCCUUCAAUAAAACAAAGUACUUUUAGUGCGUUUAAAUGCAGUCAAACCAGUAAGAAAAAACAAAUUAGCCUCUAUUAGUUUUAUACCGACUGAAAUAAACAAAUUGUGACUGUAAUAUAUCAACUUAAAGGUCAAAAAAAAGGUGAGGUUUAGUGAAUCCCAGGCAUGAAUGUUAAAUUUUUAGCCACUUUUAUUCUAAUAAUUUUAUUCUUAUCGAUGCCAUCGCUGCAAUAACUCCUCCCGUUCUGCACACUAGAAGAUGUUUUUGCUUUUUUAGCAAAAGAACAAUCAUGAGAUUCAUUUGUCGUCACUUUUUUUUUUUUAAACUCAAAGCCACAAAGUCACUUUUAAAGAUUCCCCACCUUCAACACACAAAAAGGAACGGGAACGCGAGAGGCUCAGUCGGGCCACUAGGGGGCGGCAGGAGGCAGAUUUGAUUGUGUCCCGUCCUGCAGAAGCCGAAAUGGGAGAAAAGAGGAGAAGAAGGUGCUUUUAUCAAUUAAUUUUUUUCGUGCCCCUGGAGGUUGUUGGAACCCUAAAAUGAUCAAAUCAGCCGAUCGGGAGCGGCCAUGUUGAAAUCAUGACCUGUAGCAUCACGUCGUCGUCGUUUCUCGUCUUUCUUUUUAUUUUAACCCAGAAAGAAAUCAUGUGUGCGACCAUCUGUCCAGGGAAAGGGAAUGUUCUGUUUUGUAUUUUAAAACACAAAAAAGAAAAAAAAAAAAAAAAAAGAGCAAAGAAGAGAGAAAAAACCAGGAAGAGGAUGCAAAGUGAGUUUUUUUUUCUUUCUCCUGCUCAGAUUAGUUUUAAUAGCAGUUCAUACUAAGAGUUUCUAAAUAUGUAAAUCUAUCGCUGUAUAUUGCUGUCUUUUUUUUUUGUUUUUUUUAAAGUGCACCAUUUAUUUCCUUUCUGUCGUUUGAUUUCUCCGUUUAGGGGAAAAUACUUGACACAUUGCGAGUGUUUUUAUUUUUUUGGUUUGGUCCCAGUGUUUUCUGUAUCGAACAGACCGUACUGUACAUUAAAUGGAUGCAAGUC